ACAUGUGUGAGGCCGACUGCCAAGCUCUUGACACGUGGAAGCCGGAGAACACGGAGCUCGACUCAAUGACCAUGGAGGCCUACCUUCGGUCCAGGGGCGCCAGCUCGGCGGCUCUGGCAUCGGCCAUGGUGUGGACGCGAGCCAUGCUGGGGCAGGACCCCGUGGACGUUUCGGCCUUGUACUUUCUCAACUACUGCAAGUCCGGCGGCGGCCUGCUGCAGAUGCGCUCCGACCGCAAAGGCGGCGGUCAGCACCUGCGAGUCCGCCAGGGGACGCAGUUUUUCGCCAAGUCCAUGGCUGCCCAGCUUCCCGAGGGUACGGUCCGUCUGAACGCUCCCGUCGGUGCAAUCGUCGGUGAAGACGUGGGACGGGAAUUAAAGGUGCAGACUGCAGGUGGUGUCGUCUACUCGGCUCGCAAGGUCAUCACCACCGUCCCGGGCCCUGCGCUGCAGAGCAUCUUGUUUCACCCUCCCCUGCCCCCUGUGAAGCGGGUCUGGGCCGAGUCCCUCAGCUACGGCUACUACACCAAGGCCAUGAUGCAGUUUAAAACACCCUUUUGGGUCGAAAGGGGCUUCUGUGGCCUUGCCCAAUCCUUCAUCGGCCCUGCCAGUGUCGUUCGAGAUACUUCAAGCCCGGCGGACGACAAGCACAUCUUGACGUGCUUUAUGGCAUCGGAUCCGGGCAUGGCCUGGUCGAAGCUUGCGGCCUGCGACAAGAAGCUUGCCUUGUUGCAGCAGCUGGGCAAGCUCUUUGACGUGAGCAAUCUGGCGGACCAGUUCGCGUCGCUCAACCUGUACGAGUGGAGCGACGACCAGUGGGCUGGCUGGGGCUGCCCGUGCACUGCACUUUCUCCGGGCGUGCUCGACACGCUGGGUGGCGACGGGCUGCGCGCACAAGCCGGCAACCUGCACUUUGCUGGCGCCGAGACUGCCGGCGAGUGGAAGGGCUACAUGGAGGGUGCCGUUCGCAGCGGUGAGCGUGCCGCUGCCGAGGUCAUCAGAGACCUGAACGCAGGUCUUGUGUCCAAGCUGUGAGGUUGGAAUCUUGACAACACAGCGCAACUGAAUGGGGGGCUUACUUUUACUUAUUCGGC